AUGCAAAGAGUUGUGUGUCGAGGAGUGGAGCGGGGAGAGGUGGAUAUAUGUGCUCCUCAUGUUAUAACGGAGGCGUGUCGACUCCCGGCCGUCGAGAGCGCCCUCUGUGUGUAUUAUAAUGUGACGCUUCAUCAGACACCACUACUGCACGGUGAUACAGAUGUUAUCUCCUCGUCUCCUCACUGCUCCAGGUAUUGUUGUGACCUCUCGUGGGUCGCUCGAGGUUGUGGAGGACGCGGAGCCUCGCCCGCCCUGAGAGACUCGCUGAGACUACUGAGAGACGCCUGGCCGGAGCCCGCCUCGCUCAGGGACCGCUACCGACGACUAGCGGCUAAUGAAGAAUCCGGCGACUCGUUUGAGCGAACGUGCGUAAAGGCAGACAUGUUGAAUACCGGCGCCUUGGGCGGUGUUGGAGUCGCGGGCGGAGGAGGUGCCUCGCCCGGGAUGCUGCGGAGACGAUACUCUGUGCCCGAGACGAUUAUGAGAAAGUAUCGACUAGCACAGCAGCGGUCUGAAGGGGACAGCGAAGAUGUCGGGCGGUGGAGUGCGGCGGGGAGCAGUGGACGAGGGGCAUGCGCCUGGUGCGGCUCUCGAGCGAGUGCUGCGCGCCGCGAGCGGGAACACAUGCGGAAAUCGGCUCUGCUGCGGCUGUGGGGUCGCGCCGGGGCUCCCGUGGCUCGCGCGUGUCCGUGCGCCGCCUGCGGGCCAGGCCCGGGUCCUCCGUCGGUGCCGGUCGGCACGCGUUCUCUGGACGCCUCCCACACGGAGCUCCGCACCUCCCCCCGUCGUCUCCGCUCGGACUCCCCCAAUGAGCGUCUCGUUGACUGCUCGUCCUCUGUUACCAAGACAACAUUGGAUGCGGCCCCACUGACUGAUUCAUCCGGGAAGGAAGGACACGUGACUGAUUCUCGAGUUAUCCUUUCCUCCGUCGAUAGUCCGCAGCUCCGAAUCGAUGAGUGUUCUUUUUCCGAUCUGUCAGAUCCGUUUACCAGUUCCCCGCCAACUAUGAAAGAAUAUCACGCGCAGCUCUCCACGGGCGAUUUUAUUGAUGGACGAGUCAGCGAGGGGUCGGUAAACGUCGAAAACAACGACAGCAAUAUUGUUCCGUACACGCAGCCACUGUCACUGCAGACAUCACCUUACGAUAUUUUAGAAAUUGUAGUCUCUGAAACUUUGGAAGUGCGACCGGUUCCAGUACGAAAAAAUGUUUCUCCACCCGUUUCCCCUCCACGAAUUGCCAAAAAUCAAUUGGAGAAUUCGAAAAGAUUGGGUAAUAUACCUCUCGACGAAUAUGUCUCUAAUAUGUUAAUUGAAAGUCUUAAUUCUUUGAAUGAUCAAUUGGAAUCCAUGAAUGCGUCGAUUGGAAGCGAAAGAAAAUUAAAUAUAGUAGAAAAAGAGAUAAAAGUUAAACUACAAAAUACUGGUGUGAAUACUAUAGUUCAUUUAAGUCCCACUUCCAACAAUCAAAUAAUAUUCGGCAACGAAGAGCUUUACGAAAGUAACGAAACAAGCGAUCUCUGUAACAACGCUCGUGACACGUGCAGUAGUAACAUUCGAGAAGAAAUAGUAAGUUUGGAAAUGAAUAAUAAUUUAACAUCAGCAGAAAGUCUACAACAAGAUCAGACUAAUGCAACCAAUAAGAAACAGAUAGUGACGGAAAAGUUUAUAAACGUUCCGACAGAAACUGUAAAUAAAGCCGUUCUGCAGCAAAUACAAAAACUUUUUAAAGAUGAACUUCAACAUCUUGAACCCGAAGUUAAUUCUACGGAAGUUCCGCUACCUGGUGUUUCACAUAUUGAAAUAUCAAAUGUCGAUGUAUAUAUUGAUGAUAAAAGUAAUGAGGCACAACAUAAGGGCUUUGAAGCUCUAGGAGGUGUAGGGACUUGUAACUACUAUCAAGAAAUAAAUCAUACUCCUGUUGUUCCUCGUUUUUCGGCCUUUCCACACACAGAAUCUAUGGAGGUGAAUACAUCUUCAUCGGAAGAUACUGAAAUUUUAGGCUCCGAAUGCACGAGUCUGGUUGAUAGUUUAGACGAUCCUAAUUCACCACGUUCCAUACUUCUCCGAAAGUCAUUUAACAAUAAAAGAACUGAACUCGUACGGUCGUCUAUAGAUGUCUUAGAUUUAUUACCUGAAAAUAUGAGUCAAACUGAUAAUAUUCAUCCAAAAGAAAAAGCCGAAUCAUUUUUUGUAAGAAUCAAAGAUGACGAUUGUAACUGCGAAAAAGAAAAUAUAAUUGUGGCAGAUCAUAUGCCAGAAACUAUAAAACAAAGGUUAUAUCGACGGCAUAGAAAGAGAGAAUUACGUAUGGAAUCCGCACGGCGCAGUAAAGUAAAACAACUAAAAAGAGAUCUUGAUAGUAAUUUUAGUGAAUCCCAAAAAAUGAAAAAAGAAAUAGAGAAAGAAAGUAUAAUCUUAAUUAAUUCUCUCAUUGAUGAAGUUAUUAUCAAGAUAGCGCAAGAUGAAUACAAGUGUAUGCACAUUAAAAAAAGGACAAAUAAAUUAUCUUCAAAUAAAUCAGAUGAGAAUCUUUUGAAAAAACAUUGGAAAAAAGACAACGAAAAUAAUAACAACAGUAACAAAUCAGUUAAAUCUAAUAUUCAGACUUGCUCACAUACAGAUGAAGUUCACGAUAACCAUCAAAACAACGAGACAUAUGUCCGAGGUAGACUCUCUUUACAAUCACCUUUGUCACCGGAAGAAAGCCCUCCAUCAAGAAUAUACCAGAAGUCAGAAAUACACGAUGGUAGCAAAUGUAUAGAAAUCUUAGAGAUAUUGGAAUAUGUUAAUAGUUCUCAAAAUUCCGAGACAACGAAUUCUGAUGAGAAUCAUAAUUUAGGAGUCAAAAGUAAAAAGUCCAGAAUUCCAGUACCAGUACACGAAAAGGUCCAAAAAGUAUCUAAAAGUAGAACAGAGAAAGGUUGCAAGAGUACAAGAAUAACAUCUCCUCUUCUCUCCGAUGAGAGAAAUUGUAAGUCGAGUCAUCUUUUGGCCAACAUGUUGCUGACUACGUUGGUUGAUACAAGUGAGGGGAAUAAUAGUUCACCACAAAUUCAUCCCCUUACAAGACGUGCUUCUGUACCAUGCGAAGCUAGGUCGCGUUCUAACUCUUUAAGGUUUAAAAAUGUUUUUGACAUCAUUGAAGAAGAGAAAAGUAGUCUUAGUUUUGAAUCUACUGGGGAAGAUUCAGCGUAUAACCGUCGAGCCUCUGCCCCAAGUUUCUCUCAGUUUGAUACUAACAAACAGGAAGAAAUACAAAAGCAAAGACAGGAAUCCAAGGAACGAAGUUCGCUCUGCAAAGAAAUGCACUUUGUGGAUACUAGGAGUGCUGGAACCUCACCAAUGUUAGAUUCCUGUAAACAAAUAAACGUAGCUGCCAUGACGUCGCCCCAUCGUAAGUCGGCCAGUACUAGCCCUAUAAGAAUGGCCAGUACAGCAAGCUCUGGCGCAGGUAGUCUGCAGACAGCAGGCGCAGCACGAACCCUUCAGUCUUCCUGCCCGACCGCUCCUCGCUCUCCACGAUCUCAUCUCGAGGAAGGUUCAAACGCCAGACGAAAAUCGAUUAGCACACAACACGAACCUGCUCGUAGAUUACGAGGAGGUCACAGUGAGUCCGACACGGCUUCUUCAGUAUUCCGUGUGAAGCGAGGAAGAAAAGUAGAUGGAAAGAAAAGAACCGACUUCCGGUCCGUGGGCAACUCUAGACGAUCAUUUGAGGACAUAGCCUCUAUAGGAGAACAAGAACGGAACAAAGAGCGCACGAAGAUAAGGGAAAUACUCGGCGUUGAGAAAAGAAGAAGGAGUGAGGUGAAAGCCGGAGCUCAAACAGAGAAAGAGCGAAGGAGGCGAAAAGAUGCCCAGGAGAAACGUGAUGAGGACUUAGAAGAGGAGUGGAGCUCGAGUGAGUCCAGUGGCAGUCUGCUGUGCUCCCUGGCGCCAGCCUGGCUCACUGCGCGCCGUCGACGACGUCGCGCCGCUCCUUCAGGCGAGUGGGCUGUCACAGUGGCAGGUUCUUGUCCCAGUACCUUGCCUAACGACGUGGAGAUGCGUCUGAGGUUUCCGGACCGAAGGAAGGUGUCAUUGACCUCUUCGACAAUUUCUGGACAGUCACCACAUCUCGCUCACCCCAUACAGCAGGUCCUAACACAGCCUCCUUGCCACCGCGCUGUGGCGUGCGGUACGUCGUGCUCGCGCGUGCUCGGACGGGCGGAGGACGAGGGACGAGUCAGGCUCACUCUCAAGAAGGAGGCUUCAGACUCUUCAAUAGUAGCAUCGAAGAGUAUUAAGAAGUCAUCUGAGUUGCUCCCCGACCUGCAGACCUACCGCGCCUCCCGCAGCAAGACGCGCAGCUCUGUCAAGACGCGGCGGGGAUACUCCCUUCACUGCUGGCUUCCGGAAGACGAUUCUACUCCGAUAAGGCCGUGUAAUGGGCUGUCAGUGGAAGGCAGCGCCAUCGUGCCUCACCGCAAGCCGCGCGCUCCGUCCAUGAGCGAGAGGGACGUGACGCGCCCCUCGCCUCCCUCACACCGCACCCACCACCUGCCGCACCUCCGCUCUUACCUACCCACUAAUUUACGAAACAUGCUCUAG